GACCUGGAUCGCUGCUCUUUCUUCCUUUAUAUCGAUGGGGCUCGUAGUCUUACCGAGGAGCCUGGGACUGGAAGCAAUGCACGAAAUCAGAGCGCUCACGAUGCUUUCACGCACGUAUUAAGUUGGGUGAACAAUCUGCCUUUUUUCACCUUGUUCCUGUCAACAAGCGUGAAAUUAAGGUCGUCUGCCGCCACUACGAUGGCCCCCCAUCCGUCAACGAGAGUCUCGGAAAAGACUGAGUUGCUUCCAGAAUAUACGGUACUGCCGUUUGACAUAUUUUCGCGAGGCCACUGGCAACGCGCUGGUCACGAAAGAGAUCUGAGCCCGCCGAUUACGGUGAAGAUGGUAUGCUCUAGUGGUACCAUGGUUUGCUUUGGUAGACCCUUGUCAAGUGUCUUUGCGUUCGCCAUGAAAAACCUCGAUCCGUUUGGUGCUGGGGGUAUUCGAGCCGGACGCAAUGAGGAUAAGGCUAGAGAUGGAACAGACACAUCUGCUAUGCUUGCAUCCCUUGACAUCAGGUUCCAACUCUCAUUUGAUCUUGCGCGGCACGCCGCACGGUCAAAGAUCUCAACUUUGGUCGAGUCCUAUAUGCGAGUCGUCUAUGCGGUGCCGUUGCAUCGUGAAUUCAUAUACUCAGGUUAUCCCUCUGAACCCAUUCUUGUCGAGGCCGCCGCACGGUUGCUCAACCAAGGGGGUCGCAGUGACUCUGGGAGCUGCCUACCGCCCAUUGCCUCCAAAGGGCCAAAUAUACUGAAAGCCGGAUAUCGUGAAGGGAUUCUUGAUUGCGGAGAGCAUGCAGAGGCCGUAGGACGUUUGCUGGUGACCAUCGCCCACGAUGCUGCCAUGAUGUGCCAUAACCCGUCAUACGGAUUUGACCCGGUAUUCCAUAAACCCGUCAAAGUCCUCGACUUCCUUCUGUCCCUCGAGAGGGCAUACGAAAACGCUUAUAUCAGUUUCUCACACUUCGUUCAGGUGGGAGAUUCCCAAGUAGUUCGAGUGGAAUAUUUGUCCAAAUUGCUUCUGCGUGGGGCUGCCUUAAACUGUUACGUUGAACGGUCCUCUAUCGACCUUGGCUUCGUUAUUCCGGUCUUCUUCGGGGGUCUUGAACAGCCCAUUGAUCGAGGCAAGACAUCUGCACUCCAAGUGCAGAUCAGGAAUCACAAAAAUAGCUCGACGUGGCUGUCCUAUCGCUCAUUCUUGAAUUCGGUGCCCAGACUUCAUUGGUCGGCGUACAAUCCUAUCCACAUCAUCAAACCCCGAGUGGCGAGAGGCUACCCGAUGAACACCACUACCUCAUCGUGGCACAUGGAUGUUCUUCCACCACUUAUUCGGUGAUACCAGCGGAACUUGAUAAGAAGUAUGCUUCCUUGCUGCGACACUCAGCUUGUUGGAUCAGUUCCCCAGGAAGAUCAAUAUUCACCAGGCCUUGCAGCAGAAACCACUUUUCUGGGGUGAAAAGGCCGAAUAUUGGAGUUGGUGAGAGCUCGUUGGUUAUCUGAUGUGAUCGCUACCUUGCGCCCGAAAGCUACCAAGUGAUGUUGUGUCAGUCAUUCUAAUGAGCUCCCCGUCCAAUGCAAUGUAGUGUGCAGUAUUCACAACUUUUCGU